ACAUGGCGGACGGAUGAACAAUAGAGAAUCGUCUUUAUUAUUUUCAAUUUAUCUAGAAUUUAGACUGAAAAGUUAUUAAAAACUAUAUUGAUAAGGUCAAGGACGUUAGAUAUGAAGGAAGAAGUACAGCCUAGGGCAUCAACUGAAGGAGAAAAAUUACCAGUUUCUCGAGUUUCUUGCAGUUCAAGUCACGAGACUUCAAAGCAUGAACGUCCCAAGGAAGAAGAAGCAUUUGUAGCUUCGGAUUCGUUUUGUAAUACGAUGUGUGCUAUGAUGUCCAAGCCUGAUAUCGAAAAGAUAGGACAACUACAGCUGGAAACGCUUACGAGGUUUCAAGAAAUGAAUACCAAGUUUAACAACUUCAAUCGUUAUUCAUUUGAAAGAUAUGAGCAGCUUAACAUUCAUUUUCAAAGCCAUACCAGGAUGAUAGUUGAUAUGAAAAAAGAUUUGGACAUCAUUUUCAGGAGAAUAAGGAACCUAAAGACCAAGCUAGCAAGACAGUAUGACAAUGCCUUUGCUGUUACAUCCGCAAAUAUCCAGAAGUUAGAGAAAAAGAUAGAAGCUGACCAUGAAGACUACAAAGAAGAAAAACCCCAAACAGUGCAACCAAAAUCACCAUCAAGUGAUCACCCCCAAAACACAACAUCUGAUGAUGCUACCAGCAGAGAUGAAAACCCAGUUUACCAGCAACAAACCCCAAGCUCGUCAGGCGCUGAGAGUGCUUCAGGACCACAGACAAAUGAUAUCAGAAAAGAAAAACAAACAGUUAAAAAACCUUUGGACCUAAAAGAAGUACAAAGGCCUGUUCUUAGACCGCAGUUAAGCAGUUCUGAUGAUAACUACUGUGCAGAAGAAACAGAUGACACCAGAAAAGAGAAACAAAUGGUUGAUCAUGAUAAAUCUUUGUUCCAAGAAGUACAAAGCCCAGUUCUGAAACAGGUAAACAGUUCUGAUGAUAACAACAGUGCAGAAGAAAAUACAGAUCAAGACACACAGGGUGUGCAGAAUGAUACUAAUCCAGGAAAAAGGGAUACAUUAAAUUUAGAAAACAGUGGUAGCAAGGUUAACUAUACAACAGCUUUAAGACCAGAGAUAAGUAGUUCUGAUGAAAGCUUAGAGGACGACACAGAUGAUGAGCGUGAAGAGGAGUCUGACACAAAUGCUGAGAGGUGGGCGAGUACAUCUCCAUCAAGUGAGGAAGAAGCCACGAACACUGAGAUGGCAAAUAAUAAAGAUUUGCACGAUGGUGGUGGUACAGAAAGUUAAAAUUUCAAUUUAUUAUAGAAAUUCUUUCAUUUUAUCCUGCAGCAAAAAGAGCACAUAUGUAUAGGUAUCCAGCUGAGCAGCGAGUUUAGUUUCAGCCAAUCAUAGCGCACUUAGCUGUUUUGCUGCCGGCCCUCAUCCCUUGGCUACUGUAGCCCUACUUUUACUCAUUUUUCUGUUUUCUUUUGACUAAACUAAAAUAUACUUGCCAACAAAAAGCAGAACUUUGGAAAGGAAGAAUCAAAACAAUUUCACUUUACCACCAUAUUUGCCUCAUUCUUUCAAGCUCCAAAAAUGCUUACGGCCAGUUAUUUUGUCCACUCAUGCUUUGCACAGGGAGUUCACAGCUCAGCUGACAGAUAGUCCUAGGGUUCUUACAUGUUCUUCACACUUAUACAGUAUAUUAUUCAGUUUUGAUUUUAAUUGUUCAAACUGCCUUAUAAUUAUAUUAUACAUGGUUCCAACUCACCUUAGCUACCAAUGCUUUCUCAUAAAAUAAAAAAAAUUAGCUAAAUUAUCUCAGAAUUUGAAAAUCUGAUUGUAAAAAGUUUUGGAAUGCUUAUAGUCCUGUGAAAAUAAAAAAAUUAAAAAAAAUUGACUCUGACUUAUUAAUAGUAAGUACUUUGGAAAUCAUAUACAGGUACUGUUUAGUUGUUUGAGGGACAAGAUUUUAAUUCGGGGGAAACUUCUGCAAUGGUGAUUGGCUUGCUAUUGUCCAUCAGUCGGAACUAUUUGAUUGCAUUUCAUAUUUCCGAAGCAAAAGCAAAACAUUUUUAGAAUGACAGAACCUAGAUAGCACUCAGUUGAUGUUAUGUAUUCAGAAAGUCUAUUUCAUUCUUUUUUCCUCCUAUAUCUGUUAUUCACUUUAUUUUUUGAAUACACUAUAUAAACUGCUUGCUUUGCUUUCCCAUUCUAGAACCAUAAGGUGUUUUGUUGCUUGGAAAUUGAUCCAUUGAAAAACAAUUCACAUCUAUAAUUCAAGAUAUAGAAAAUAUAGAUAUGUUAUAGUGCUUGGGAACGAGGUAAUUCUGGGUGAUAGACCCUUGGAAAUAAGUUCGGAAAAAUUAAUUUCCGACCUCGCUGGGAAUCGAACCCACAACCUUAAU